CGUUCUGCCCCCUGUCGCUUGGCAGCUGUUCCUCUUGACAACCAGUGUCUCUUCCAAACGGGAGUCCUCCUCAGAUGCUCCUUGGGACCCCAGAAGGGUGGGAAAAGCCAGCAUUUCCACAAACAACCAGGAGGGAUUUCCCAUCUGAAACUGACAUUGGUCGGUGUGUUCCACGCCCUACCCUACCCUGUACUGGCUGUGUGCUGGCUUACUGCCUCUUCCCACAGCAUUUUGGAGAAGAAAGUGACGUCUUCUAUCCAAAGACGGGGGAAAACCACAGUGAUUCCCUUACAGGAGAAAUUCUUUCCAAUGCAGUUUCUUUAAAUUCAACAGCAAAGCGAAUCCUGUGAUUUUUUGUUCCAGAAUCUCGGAUAAUAAGCGAGUUUAGAGGCUUUUUGCAGAAGAGAUUCUCUUUCUCUUGGAAUCUACUGAACUAAGCUCUUGACCUCCCUUCAAGAUCUGGACCAACUCACCUAAGUCUCAAUGAUUUAGAAGAUCUAUGGAUGCCAGCCAAAGGAUUUGUUGAUUCAUUUGAUCUCGGGUCCUGAAAGGAUUAGAGACCCAUAAGCUCACUAGAUACUCAGGCCUUUGGAUGAAAAUUUGGGGGCUUCCCCAUUUCUGUUGAUGCAGAUCUAGUUCUUUAGAAGGCCUCUCCAUCCGAACCACCUCCAGCCAAGGUUUUCACCUUUGAUUUCUCCAUUUAGAUCUUAUUUCCAAGGAAGCGGGCUUUGUGCCGUUCUCUCAGGGCCACCAAAAUGUUCAGCUGGAUGAAAAAGAACGAGAAGAAGACCCCCGAGGUGAUCCGCACAGUUACUGAGGGUCUGAAGGACCUCUACAAGAGGAAGCUGCUGCCGGUGGAGGAGUUCUACCGGUUCCAUGAUUUCCAUUCGCCAGCCCUGGAGGAUGCCGACUUUGACAACAAGCCCAUGGUGCUGGUGGUGGGCCAAUACUCUACGGGCAAGACCACCUUCAUCAAGUAUCUGCUGGAGCAGGACAUCCCCGGGAGCCGCAUUGGGCCGGAGCCUACCACCGACUCCUUCAUCGCUGUCAUGCAUGGUGAAACGGAAGGGAUCAUACCAGGCAACGCUCUCAUUGUGGACCCCAAAAAGCCCUUCCGAAAACUUAACCCAUUUGGAAACUCCUUUCUCAACCGGUUCAUGUGUGCCCACUUGCCCAACCAGGUUCUGGAGAGCAUCAGCCUUAUCGACACCCCGGGGAUCCUGUCGGGUGCUAAGCAGCGCGUGAGCCGAGGCUACGACUUCCCAGCGGUGCUGCAGUGGUUUGCUGAGCGCGUGGACCUCAUCAUCCUCCUUUUUGAUGCCCACAAGCUGGAGAUCUCAGACGAGUUCUCGGAGGCCAUCCGGGCCCUCAAGGGCAACGAGGACAAGAUCCGGGUGGUCCUGAACAAGGCCGACAUGGUGGAGACGCAGCAGCUGAUGCGGGUCUACGGUGCCCUCAUGUGGUCGCUGGGCAAAGUGUUCAACACCCCUGAGGUGCUGCGUGUCUACAUCGGGUCCUUCUGGUCGGAGCCACUGAUGAUCUCUGACAACCGACGGCUCUUUGAGCUUGAGGAGCAGGACUUGUUCACGGACAUCCAGAACCUGCCCCGGAAUUCUGCCCUGAGGAAGCUCAACGAUUUGGUCAAGAGAGCCCGUCUGGUCAGGGUCCAUGCCCACAUCAUCAGCCACCUGAAGAGGGAGAUGCCGUCCGUCUUUGGCAAAGACAACAAGAAGAAACAGCUGAUCCAGAAGCUGCCCGUCAUCUUCGCCAAGAUCCAACUUGAGCAUCACAUCUCGCCCGGCGAUUUCCCCGACUGCAACAAGAUGCAGGAGAUGCUGAUGGUGCACGACUUCACCAAAUUCCAUGGGCUGAAGCCACGCAUCGUGGAUGCUUUGGAUGAGCUGCUGACUCUAGACAUUGCCAAGCUGAUGCCUCUUUUGCGCCAGGAGGAGGUGGAAGUCCCCGAGCAGAUUGUGCACGGUGGAGCGUUUGACGGCACCCGCAACGGCCCCUUCAUCGAAGGAGCGACCGAGGGGGCCUUUGAGGGGAUGGAUGACGAUGAGUGGGUGGUGACCAAGGACAAGCCCAAGUACGACGAGAUCUUCUACAACCUCUCCCCGAUGGACGGCAAGCUGAGCGGCACCAAGGCCAAGACCUGGAUGGUCACCACCAAGCUGCCCAACUCCGUCCUUGGCAAGAUCUGGAAGCUCAGCGAUGUGGACCGUGACGGCAUGCUGGACGAUGAGGAGUUUGCUCUUGCCAGCCACCUCAUUGAGGUCAAGUUGGAGGGCCACAGCCUGCCGUCUGACCUGCCCCGUCACCUCGUGCCACCCUCCAAGCGCCGGCAGAAGGGGUCGGCCGACUAAGAAGGCUUCCCUGAGCUUGCCUCCAUUGCCACACCAGGCUUGAACUGCCCCAGUAGGCCCUGGUGCUAUUCCGACUUCCCUUUUCCACCCCCAUAAGGCUUCCGAAGGUAUCUUUCAGGCUCGAGUCCCUUAUGAAGGCCUCAUUCCCCACACAGUAGUCAUGUGACACGUUGCAUCUGACAGUCCUGCUUCCUGCUCUGUCCUUCAAACCAGUCCCCCGUUCUACCUUCUGCUCCACCCCACAUCUCAAAAACGUCCCCAGUUCACCUCCAUUGGCUUCAGUUCCUCAUGUAGGCCUCAUUCCUCCAGGCCUGGAUUAAACUACUUCAGCUGGUCUCACAGUUCAGUUCUCCACUUCUGUCUCUCAGGCCUGCUCUGGAGUUGUACCAGAACCAUUGGUUUCCACCUCUUUUGGACUUUCCCCAGAGGUCUUCUUUCCUCAGAAAUCAGGCUCCAAAUGCUCUGCUUGGCCUCACUUUGUUAGUUAUAUCACGCUUGAACUACUGGAGUAAGAACGCUGCUUCCUCCACGCCAGGUUUGGACUGCUCCAGCGGGCCUCGUGCCGGCCCACCGCAGACCAAGAGAAUGCCAAUCUCCAGACUAUAUCCAUUUUGACCUUGUUUAGUAGGCCUCAGCCCUGCUCAGACUCCAGGUGGCUCUAAUCCACUUGCUCUUCUGAUCCCUCUGGCUCCAGUAGAAACGUCAAACACAUGACGCUCCUCUAAGUGAGUGAUUUAUUGCACACUCACAGAAGUUUUCGGGUCCAUUACACAGUGUCGUCAACAACCAGGAUGUCUCCCUCGGUAUUCCCUGAAAAUCCCGGUAUGAAAAGAAGCAUUUUUAAUGUGGUAAUAGCCGGGGAAAAGCAGAAUGUUCUGCCACUAGUUGGUGCUGUCUCAAUAGAAGUGAAGGGAGGGGAAGUGUUCAGUUCAAAGCACAUGGUUGUCCCUCUCUCUGCCUGUGUAAUGCAGCCCAUAACAAUCGUGCCAAAGAACGAGGAAGCACAACGCAAUUUCCUCUGAAUGUAGAAACUCUAAUAUUCUCUGUUAAACCUCACCGGUGGAUGCUCCGGAGCUGCUUGGGACAUUCUGUUACCUGCAGACAACUGUGGUUGACCUCUUCCGCGGCACUGCUACUCCUGCUCAGAUUCCUUCCGUCAAGCUAAGGGUGGGACAAAGUGAGGCAGGAGUGAAACAAGGUGAGGAGGAAAAGGGUCCAAAAGCGGUCCCCUGAAUUACUCAGAGCUAUGAGCAAACCUCACCCAGAAGCCUUUAUAGGAGUUAGAGAGGGAGUAUCCCUCCACCCAUUCUGUUCAUAGUCAAGGGGCAGCUUAUCUUCCUGUAGCUCCCUCACCUGGCCAAAGCUGGGGUUGUGGUGCUACACUGGGUGAACCCUCACCUGACAGUCCCCGGGCUGUUCAUUUUCACUUCACACGUGCAGCCUCGCCAUGCAGGCGCCCUGGAUACAAGCCAUUUGGACCAAAAUAAAGAAACCGGUGGAGGUUGCAGUUUCACUGGAGGAAGAAGAGGAGCAACUCUUAGGCUAGUAUUCUUGUCCUCAGAGUUCGCGUUGUGACAUUGAGCGUCCGCUUGAUUAGGAGGGCGGAAUAUAAAUCGCUAAAUGCAGAGAUUCAAAUGGCGAGAAAUGGCUUCUUUUCCCGGAACGGCCCUUUCAGCAAGACCUCGGCCCGUAAGGGCAAAACCGCAGCUGGGCUUGGGCCUGAGAGCAUGGCGGUAGACCCGGGCCAGGGAGAACAGCAGAAGCUGCCCACGCUCUUGCUAUGCCCCGUGGCACCACGACAUCAGGGUGAUGGAACGCUUUGGGCGACAAGAACUUAGCGGCGGCCUUCAAGAUGCUGCCCUUCACAGGCAGGGCUGUAGCAAGGGCUUCCUCAGCCUUCGCCGACCUGGUGGCCUCCGGUGUGUUUGAUGACAACUCCCAUCAUGCUGUGGGGAUGAUGGGAGUUGUAGUCAAACACACCCAGAGGCCACCAGGUUAGCGGAGGCUGCUCUACCUGAAGGUGGACUAAAUAGUUCCUGCCUCAAAGGAGUGUCCCCCCCAUGUCAUGCCAUGCUCUUUCUGGGAGGGACUUAGCAGAAGCAGAAGCCCCUUCCCAAGCUUAGGGGGUGGGGGAAAGCCCCACCAAGGAAAGGGCAGCACUGCAGCCCAAGGUGUGCUGGAUUCAAGCCAGAGCCAGCCUUACCAUUAUGUAAGGUGAGGUCGUGUGGCCACACCCACUAGAUUUGGGGGUACCUUUGAAGAGCAUCAACUGGCCCAUUUUUAUUGCCGUUUUAUGAUCACCAGGGAGGAAAAUCUUUGGGAUUUUCUGCCUCCGAAAACAAAACGCCUUGAAACCGUCUCUGGCUUUAAGCUAUGUUGCCCCCCACUGAGGCCUGCUGCUGUGCCGAGGGAGUGGGUGGCCAACAGUUUCCCCUUCCUUCUGUCUCCUCUGGCUCUUGUGUCAUGAACCUAAUAAAGGCCUGGAAGGCACACCCCAGCCCUUCACGCAGUCCACUCAUGCCAACUGGAGGCCCGGCCUCCUCCUUUCCCUGCUCCGAAUACCGCCACACCCCAAACACUUCUGGGAUUCAGCAAUGAGGAUUUUCCUCUGGACGCUGGGGGCUCUCUCUCUCCUCUUCCUCCUGGUAAGUGGCCAGCAAGAGGUUGUAGGGCAGUUGCAAGGGCAAGACGAUUGCCGAGGCUGUGUGAGUUGGACGGGGGUUGGCAUCCAAAGUCUAUGGCGUCAGGCAUCAAGCACAUGUACGAGACAAGGCCAGCCGGCCCUCCCGUGAAGCAGAGCAAAGCUGCCACUUCAGGCAGCAGAUUUUGGAUAUUAUAAAAUGGCACUAAAUUGUUAGCUCUUGCUUUUUUAUUAUUAUUACUGUCUUUUUUAUUGCAAAGGACAGGGAGAGGUGCUUGUCAGAUUUUUUGACUCACGUGCCAGAAUAAGUUAGUACUAUGCAACUUGACUGAGGGGUGUGUGUGGAACUCCAUUUACUGCUCCACCUAAGAAAGCAAAAUGUCUUGGGCUGUCCCUGAUGGGAGGAGAGCAUCUCAAAGCAAGGAGAAGCAGGAUUUGAGGUUAAAGCUCUUAACUGCCAAUAACUGAG